AUGAAAGAAAAACUUAUUGCUGCUCGUCAUAUUUAUAAUUUAAAAUUAGGUUCAAGUCUUCGUUCAAUCGAUCCUAAAAUAUUUGUUUUAUUAUCUCGACGAUUACAUUAUUUAGAAUUAUCUGAUAUCAGUAUAUCACAAAUGAAAUCAGAUUCUCGUUGUCAUCUUAUUAAAUAUCGUUAUGAUAAUUAUCAUCAUGAUUUAAAUAUUAUUUUUCCUCAACUAGAAAAUUUAACUGAAUGCGAUUGUCCUCGACUUUUUAUUAAUCAAUCAUAUUCAAUUAAAUUCAAAUAUCGAAAAAACUUUUAA